AUGGCCUCCUCCAGCAAUGCAUGGACAGAGGAAGAACAGCAGCUGCUAGAGGAAGGACUUGUGGACUGGUCGAGACCAUGUGGACUGAUGAAAUUCGCGAUGAUUUGUGACAUCAAGGAAAAGUGGAAAGCCAUCGCCGGGCACGUCGGAACACGCGACGUCCGGGCGUGUGCUGAUCGAUUUAAGGUGUGUCGUCAACGUGCGUUGGAGCAACAGAGGGCGCUGGAGGAACAGGAAGAGGAGGAGGAGUCGGACUGGAGACAAAACGACUGGAACGAAUGGAACGAAUGGAAGAAAGAUGAUUGGUGGAACGGUUGGUGGAGUGGUUGGCACGACAGAUCCUGGAAGGAGGAGACCCAGACCCCCCUGGAGGAAGCAGAUCGACGGAAAUGGGAAAUCCAAGAAGAAAUCGAGGCGAAUCGUCGGAAGCUGGAACAAAAGGAGGAACAAAAGCGACAGCACGAGACGAAACGAGAGGACAAACUUCGUGCAGAGAGGGAGCAGAAGGAGAAAGAACGCCAGGAGCAGCAAAAGGCCAGAGAACAAAAGAUCAUCGAAGCACAAGAACGAGAGAAGCAGCAGCGUUUGGAGGAGGAGAAACGCCAAAGAGAGCUGCAAAGGAAGAUGGAGGAGGAGGAUGCCAAGGCUGGCUUCUACGGCAUGCGACACUUGAAUCUGAGUGGCAAACCGGGCAUGAAAGGCAAAGGCAAAGCUUGGGGCAAGGGACCCAGUAAAGGUGAGUUGCAAAAGCAGCGGCGGGAGGAGGAGAUGGAACGAAGGGCUCGUGAGGUCCUUGCGAAUAUCGGAGCCAAGAAAACUGAGGAGAGUCCUGAGAGUCCUGAAGUUGAAAACGUCGAAGCUUCUAAUGACAAUGAACCUCAGACAGCAACAUCCGCCCCAGAUGUUCCGAGCAAAGCCAAAGGGGCCAAAGGGACCAAAGGAAAGGGCGGUGACACCGGCGAUGCUGGCGAUAGAGAGAAUGCGGAUCUUAAAGGCGGCAAGAGCAAAGGAGGCAAAGGGAGCGAAGGGAGAAAAGGCAAAGGAGGCAAAGGGAAAGGCAAGGAACGUCGAACACCCGGCUGGUGGACCAAAAUUGAUGGUGAUUGUCCAAUCUCCUUGGUGCCCAUUGCGGAGCUGCCAGUCCCACCCUUUGGCUUGAAAGCUGAAGGAAGCUCGGUACCACAUUACUUCGAUGGUCAGUUUUUGGCCAGUUUCUUGCUGAGUUCUUUUGACUUCAUCAACCCAGUGAACCGCACUCCUUUGAGUCGUGAAGACUGUUCGGCAUUGGAUGCCCAUUUGCGGGACUUCUAUCCGAGUCAGUCGGCCUCCGUGACGGAUGCCUUUGAUUUAUUCCAGCGCAAUGGAGGAACUGGCAGCGACGCAGUCCGUCGCGAAGCCACGGCGGUGUUCCAGCACCUCUUCCGCUUCACUCACUCGCAGAAUAUGGACAGCCGCGGGCGGGCCAUCAAUUUCAACGAUGGGGGAUUGACCGUCAUCGAUGAUGACGACAUCCGAGUGACUGCAGCGCAACACGCGGUGGCAUCAACGGCGCAAGCCUUGGCAGAGAGAGAUGAGGUCCCGGUUGACACAGGACCUGUGCCUUCUCCUUCCAUGGUUCGAGGUCCCAGUGGUGCUUGGGCCAAAGCCAGUAGACCGCAGCCAGUGGAGGAGUUCCCAGCUUUGCCAGGCAAAGGCUGGCUCCAAAGCCAAGGCAAAGGCAGCUUCCAAGGCAGCAUCCAAGGCCAAGGCGACACCUGCCCGUGGCCUCGUAGUACCAAAGACCUGGGCCAAGCCGAACUGACACG